CGCAGCCAUUGCAUCGCGCCCAGGGAGAGGGCAUAUCUCCUGAAAUGAAGCUGUUUGCCAUCGCCUUUGCCUUGCUGGCCGUGCUGGCCACGUCCGUUUUUGCAUGGGAUAAUCUCGACCAUGAAAUAUUCGACAUGGUAUCCGAAUUAGAGGCCGCUGAAGGCAAGGGGACCACGUUCUACUCCUGGUUGGAGGUCCCCAAUACUGCAACCACCUCCGAGAUUGCCAAGGCAUAUAGGAAGAAAAGUAUAGUCUUGCACCCUGACAAGAACCCCGGGGUCAAGGGCGUCCAUGAGCGGUUUGCGCGCUUAGGGAAAAUAUCGACGAUUCUCCGCGACAAGGAGAAGCGCGAGCGAUAUGAUUUCUUCUACAAGAAUGGCGUCCCGAAGUGGAGGGGAACGGGAUACUACUAUUCUCGAUUUAGACCGGGUCUCGGGACUGUGUUAAUUUUCUUGGUUAUCUUGACAUCCUCUCUACAAUAUCUCGUCCAAAACCUCAACUACAAGCGCGAUUUAGCUCGAAUUGAAACCAUCACGAGCAAAGCUAAGGCCGUUGCAUGGGGUCCCAAGUUGGUGCCACUUACUGGCCAGCGGAAGGUUCGCGUCAAUCUUGGAGACGCCCACGAUGAAGACGGGAACGUUUACGAUUCCAGGUGGAUCGAUAUGGUGGUUGACGGAAAUGAUGUUUACAUGCUUGACGACAAUGGCGACCAAAUCCUCAUCAAUGCCGACACAGCGACUGCACCUGGGAUUACGCGCACCUGGUUCAUUUCUUUGGUCAAAGCUCUCAUUUUCAAAGUCAUUGGCAAGAGCUCCGAUUCUGACUCGGCCACAGAGCAAGAAUUGGCGGCUGAUGAAGACAACGACGAUGUAUCUUCUGCGACUGGUUCUGACGCUCCCGGGAGCAACAGCGGCACUUCAACGCCCAACGGCUCGCUAAAGGGAGGCCAUCUCGCCGCGACAAAAGCUGGGGGGAAGCGAAGAAAGGCAGUCAAAAAGCGGUAAUGGUGGACGAUUUGGAUAGUACGAGGAGCCCUGUUCGUCUUGACCGUUUCCGCGUCCCUGUGCUUGUUAUCUAUGGAAUGUUUUUGUUGCCACAUGCA